GCAUUUAAUUAAAACUCCAACUAACGGAGAUAUAAAUUAAAGUCUUUUUUUGGGGCGUUGGCUUUCUUUAAACGGCAAACGGUGACAGUGCCAAAAACGGAGCGCAAGUGAAAGCUACCGAAGACCUUUGAAAGUUCGAUUUCGUCGCAGUUAGCGGCUUUGUUCAAGGUCGUUGGCUUGUCGCGUUUGCCGACGACGAAGAAUCCACGCACAUUAUUUCAAUUUGGCAAAGUGACAAGAUGGCCAUUAGCUUCGAUAAAUAUCGUACGCAAAUUGUGGACGCCUGGAAGGAUGUGCUGAGUGACAAGAGCAACACCAACUGGGCGCUCUUCGGCUACGAGGGCCAGACGAACGAACUGAAACUGGUCGCCAAGGGGGAGGAGGGCGUCGAUGAGCUGACCGAAGAUUUGAACAGUGGGAAAAUAAUGUAUGCGUUUCUGCGCAUCGAAGACCCAAAGACUGGCCUCAAUAAGUACCUGCUGGUUAACUGGCAGGGCGAAGGCGCACCUGUGCUGCGGAAGGGCACCUGUGCGAAUCAUAUUCAUGACGUGGGCAAAUUGCUGUCGGGUGCGCAUUUGACGAUUAAUGCACGCAAUGAGGAUGACAUCGAUUUGGAACGGCUGCUCAAAAAGUUGAGCACGGUCAGCUCGGCGUAUAGCUUUAAGGAGCCGCGUGGCGCAAUGGAGGAGCAAAAGGUGCCCGUGGGCACAAACUAUACGCGUGUCAUUCCCACAAAAGAGCUGAACGCCAGCGUCAUGCAGGACUUCUGGAAGAAGGAGGAGGCCGAGGAGAAGGGUCGCCUCGUCGCUGAGAAGGAGGCAAAACGCUUGGAGCUGCAGAAGAUCGAGCAGGAGCAGCGCACCCGCGAAGAAAAGGAGCAUAAGGAACGCGAAAAGCUGGUCAUAAGCACGAGCAAACUGCAACCGGCUCAUGUGCCCAUCAAGACCUCGCCACAACCGCUGAGUCCGGAGAAGACCGCUGCAUCCUUUGGCAAUAACUUAACCGAUGCCGAGCGUAUGCGCCAGGCGCGCAAUCAGGAGGCACGCGAGCUGAUCGGCUCGCGAGUGGGCGCCGCCAAGGCCAUGUUCACCAAGCACACCAGCGAGGGUCAGCUGCAGUCCAAGCUAAAUACACAACCGCCAGCGAAGCCUGCUCGCAAUUCAAUUGCACAGCGCAUCAAUGUGUUCAAUCACAAUCAGACUUCGGAUAAUGCAGCCUCUUCGCCACCUCCUCCACGUCCCGAAUCACCCAUUAAGACGGUGACACCAGUGAUUGUCAAAGAUACGACGCCGACCGUUGUUGUGGCGCCAGUCGUCGCUGCUGUGGAGAUGACGAAAGCUAUCGUCGAGGAGGAGGAUGUGCAGCCAGCUGAGGAUCUGCCACUGGCCCAUGAGAGUGAACAGUUCUCGACGAUCAAACGGUCACCGCACAGUAAAACUAAUUCGCUGCAAUCACAGUCACCGGACGAGACAACAUCGUCCAAUGAGACGGACACGGCUGUCCACAAGUCUGAGGAGGAAGAGGUGCGCACCAAAGUGUCCGUAACGGUACAGCAGUCGCAAUCCGUAAAGACAUCCGGUCUUAGUACGCUGGAGCGCAAUGCAUUGACAGAUCUGGUCAACGAGGAUGACUUCAUAUGCCAGGAGAGUCUGGGCGAUUUGGGUCUGCGGGCGCGCGCCUUAUAUGACUAUCAGGCAGCCGAUGAAUCAGAGAUAACCUUCGAUCCCGGCGAUGUUAUCACGCACAUUGAUCAAAUCGAUGAGGGCUGGUGGCAGGGCUUGGGCCCCGAUGGAACCUAUGGACUCUUUCCGGCUAACUAUGUGGAAAUCAUCAACUAAGCAACAUUCUAACGCAAUAUCCGUAUCAAAUAUGGCAACUGCAAGGCAGCUUUUUUUUCUAAACAGCCAUGGCUGUAUUUUUAUGGAACAUAUAUCCAAAUUACUUACACACACAUAUAUAUAUAUAUAUAUAUAUAUAUAUAUAUACUAUAUAUUUAAAACGGCUGCCCGGUAAUAUCCUGAACAAUAAUGCAAUUCAUACUAAUACCUAAAUGAGAUUUAAUAUAUUGACUAUAACACGAUUUACAUCGAUCAUCGUACAUCGUACAUCACACGCACCAUGUUCUUUUCCAUAUAGUAUGUAGGUGCCUUCCAAUUUUGUAUACAUUAUAUAUAUAUAUAUAUAUAUCUGAUUGCUAAUAUCCUUGAGAUUUCCGAAACAAUGUUGCGUCCUUUUUUAAAAAUGUUUCUUAUUGCACAUGCACUUGAGUGUUUGUACUUAUCAUAU